AUGAUAUCGUACACUGCAUUUCAAGCAAAGGCUGAACUUGAGACUAAGGACUCUCUGAUCAGACAAGAGCCUGAAGCCCUCGGUCAGGCAAUGCAGGAAUACACUUCCACACAGUCUGGGCCCUUAGCUUCACUCGGGGUUCACACCUACGCCUAUUUGCCUCUUCCUUUACCGGACAGAAGUGCUCUCCAGGCAUUAUUUACAAACUACGCCCCCGAAAACUCACGAGAGCACAGGGCGACACGAGCCUAUUACGACAUCGCGAAGACCACGGUUCUUGAUUCCAAGCAACCAUCAGCUGCAUACCUGUCUGCCUUAGGGCAGACGAAUUAUGCCAAAGACCUCAAUGAUGAGACUGUCCCAGCUCCUUCGCCUGGAAAGUUCGUCACGCUUGGAGUAAUGCUUUCUCAACCGCUUUCCCGCGGAAGCGUUCAUAUUACCUCCAUCAAUCCUGAAACCCCUCCAAUCAUUGAUCCUGGUUACCUGUCGAAUCCUCUCGAUCUGGAAGUCAUAGCACGGCAUUUGCUUGGUAUUAAGAACUUAGCAGAGUCACCUCAGCUUGGGGAGCUGCUCGAACAGCCACUGAAGUUCCGUGACCCAGUUGCAGACUUCCAGGGAGACUUAGAUGCUGCAAAGAAGUAUGCUCGGGAGAAUUUAGUCUCCAUGUGGCACUUUGCGGGGACCUGUUCCAUGCUGCCUCGCGAGAGAGACGGGGUGGUGGAUUCCAAUUUGAGGGUCUAUGGUAUCGAAGGACUGAGGGUUGUGGAUGCGAGUGCUAUCCCGCUUGUAAGUACAGCGAAUCUACAAGCUACUGUGUACGCAUUCGCGGAAAGAGCAGCGGACCUCAUCAAGGAAGACUGGAGAGCGAGUAAAUAA